AUGGACGAUAUCUUCGCACACCACAACCUAUAUUCUGCCUUCACUGCCGUUGAUGAUAUCUUAUCGUCGAGCGUGUUCUUUGGCAACAUGUCUCAAACAGUUAUACACGUAGAGCUGAUUAACCACUGGAGCGUAUUGUUCACUUAUAGAUUCCAUAGUUUCAAAAAUGUGAACGAACUGUACAACUAUUCCGUGAACAAAGUAACUGAAGCAGACGUUAGCGUAACCAGUGUAGGCUGCUUGUGCGCUAUCUAUUAUCAAAUAUGCUGCACCAAAAAUUAUGGCAUAUCGUCCAAAUUUUUCUUCAAUGCACUUCCAUACAGAAGAAAUGGCGCCAUAUUGAAUACGCCUUUAACAGAAAAAAAGAAGGAUUUCUGGAACUAAAAGUGGAUCUGGAGC